AUGCAGCUCCUUGACCCAAAGCAGUUUGUCAGCCACCCGGACCUGUCAGCCAUGAUCUGUGAGCAAGAUGAAAAGAUGCUCAGCCAUAUGAUCACUUUGAAGGUGGAGGAAGUCCGGCACACCAGUGAUUGCUGCAAGAUAUUGCUAUUCUUUCACAAGAACCCUUAUUUCUGCAAUAAUGUGAUUGUGAAGGAGUAUCUCAUUACCCUCCAAGGAUACAGGGUGUCCCACUGCACUCCCAUUCAGUGGUCCCAGCAUUAUGAAAGAGAGGUCUACAGCCGCUGGCACCAAAACAGCAGCCUGAACUUCUUCAACUGGUUCUCCAACCACAACGUGGCGGGAUCCGGCAGGAUUGCAGAGAUCAUCCUAAAGGACUUGUGGCGCAAUCCCCUGAAGUACUAUGUGAGGACGAGGGCACCAAGAGAGGGGAGAAGGAGCAGGACAGGGCCCAGUGAGGACACUGUUUAUUAUAAAGAGGUUGGGAUGAAACAUGAUGAACAAAGCACUGCAGACAUUUUCAGAGGUCCCAGCUGCAGCAUGAACCUCCUUUUCUAUGUGGGCUUCUAUGGACGAUGA